AUGGCAACGGAGGUUCUAACUGAACAAUACAAUGUGUCCGAUGUUUGUUUGUUUUUUAACUUAACGCAAACCAGAGUUGCUGCCAGCAUGGCGUUGCCGGCGAUAAAGCAGCAGCACCCAUUCUCCCCCAGAGAACGGCAGCCGGAGGAUCAAGCAGAGAGCUUCAGGUCCAGAAGUUUGCCAGCUCUGAACAGGUCUGCUCCUCGGAUUACCACAACACAAAGCACCCUCCUUGAGACAAAACGGAGUUUCUUGCGCAGUUUCCAAGAGAGGUCUGACCUGAGAUGUGGCCUUGACACUGACAAAUCAGCUCACAGUAACGGUGCUGUUGCUGCUGCUUCUGGGACUGUGUUUUCUUUCACAGCCUCCAGCUUUUCAGGGGUCGGGAGUUUCACUGAGAGGACAGACUGUAAUAACUUUGCUGGCACAAGCAAAGGUGUUUCCCCAGCUUCCACGUUGCUAGCUCUCCCAGGUAGAAAGUGUCUCAGCGUGGUGUUGACAGAUUCCCGUUUCUUCUUGGUGUGCAUGUGCUUUCUGACCUUCAUUCAGUCCUUAAUGGUCUCUGGGUAUCUGAGCAGUGUUAUUACCACCAUUGAGAGGAGGUACAGUUUGAAAAGCUCUGAGUCUGGGCUGCUGGUCAGCUGUUUUGAUAUUGGUAGUCUGGUGGUCGUGGUGUUCAUCAGUUACUUUGGGGGGCGCGGACGGAGGCCACUCUGGCUUGCCGUAGGUGGGUUUUUCAUUGCUCUUGGGGCUGCACUUUUUUCUUUACCUCAUUUCAUCUCUCCACCAUAUCAGAUCCAAGAAUUGAACUCUUCCCUCUCUAACGAGGGCUUGUGCGUGACUGGCAAUAAUACCGCCAAAGACCAUUUGGAGUCACCAGCCUGUGUCAAGGACUCAGGUGGAAAUGAUCACUCCCUCUAUGUAGCUUUAUUCAUUUGUGCCCAAAUUCUCAUUGGCAUGGGCUCCACACCCAUCUACACCCUGGGACCAACCUACUUAGAUGACAAUGUCAAGAAAGAAAAUGCAUCACUGUACCUAGCCAUCAUGUAUGUAAUGGGAGCACUUGGGCCUGCCGCAGGAUAUUUACUAGGAGGAGUCCUUAUUGGUUUUUACGUUGAUCCUAGAACGACUGUUUAUAUUGACCAGAGUGACCCUCGAUUCAUUGGAAACUGGUGGAGUGGAUUCCUCCUUUGUGCCAUUGCAAUGCUCCUUGUUAUAUUCCCAAUGUUUACUUUCCCAAAAAAACUCCCACCUCGACAGAAAAAGAAGAAAAAGAAAAUUAGCUCUGAUGACAUUUCAAGUGAUGAUGAUGUCAUGAAAGAGAAAACAAACAGCAAAAGACAAGUGGAUAGUUCAAUUCCUGCUUCUAUGGGAUUUGGAAAGAAUGUUAAAGAGCUUCCAAGAGCAGCUGUCAGGAUCUUAAGCAACAUGACAUUCCUUUUUGUGAGUUUGUCAUACACAGCUGAGAGUGCCAUUGUUACUGCUUUUAUUACCUUCAUUCCCAAGUUCAUCGAGUCACAGUUUGGCAUACCAGCUUCCAAUGCCAGCAUCUACACUGGUGUGAUUAUUGUCCCAAGUGCUGGUGUUGGCAUUGUGCUAGGUGGCUACAUUAUUAAAAAGCUCAAACUUGGUGCAAGAGAGUCUGCGAAGCUGGCUAUGAUUUGCAGCGGUGUGUCUUUGCUGUGCUUUUCAACGCUUUUCAUUGUUGGAUGUGACAGCAUUAAUCUAGGGGGCAUAAAUAUCCCAUACACAACAGGUCCUACACUUACUAUGGCACACAGAAAUCUGACAGGUAGCUGUAAUGUCAACUGUGGAUGCAAAAUUCAUGAGUACGAGCCUGUCUGUGGAUCAGAUGGAAUAACAUACUUCAAUCCGUGUCUGGCCGGCUGCAUCAAUGGUGGAAAUCAUAGCACAGGGGUAAGAAAUUAUACUGAAUGUGCCUGUGUCCAAAGCCGCCAAGUUAUCACUCCACCAACUGUGGGACAGCGCGGACAGCUCAGGGUGGUUAUUGUCAAAACAUACCUGAAUGAGAAUGGCUAUGCUGUUUCUGGGAAGUGUGAUCGGACCUGCAGUACACUUAUCCCAUUCCUAAUAUUUCUGUUCAUAGUAACCCUUAUAACAGCAUGUGCCCAGCCAUCGGCAAUCAUAGUGACACUCAGGUCUGUGGAAGAUGGCGAGCGGCCUUUUGCACUAGGAAUGCAAUUUGUUUUAUUACGAACUCUUGCUUACAUUCCUACUCCAAUUUAUUUUGGGGCUGUUAUUGACACCACGUGCAUGCUUUGGCAACAGGAUUGUGGUGUGCAAGGAUCUUGUUGGGAAUACGAUGUAACUUCAUUUCGCUUCGUUUACUUUGGAUUGGCAGCUGGUCUCAAAUUUGUGGGAUUCUUUUUUAUUUUUCUGUCCUGGUAUUCCAUUAAAUAUAAAGAAGAUCAGCUGCAGAGGCAAAGAUGGAGGGCCUCACCUGUAAACACAGUGAGCGAGAUGGUUGGCAAUGCUGGACCUCAACAAAACUAUGCACGGACUAGAUCCUGCCCUACUUUCAGUGCUCGAGGGGAGCACACUGAAGACGUCUGUCUGGCACGAGGAAUGAAUUACAUAGCACAGACAUAUCCUGGCCCCUUUUCAGAAGCAAUAAAUUACUCAACUGAAAAUGCAUUGGAGGAAGUCACUGCUGAAAUAUAG